AUGCUCUACCUCCCCCCCUUCGAGGGUUUCCUCCCUCAAUGGCUCGUCCUAGUCUCCGUCGUCUCCGCCGCAAACAGCAUCCAAGCGUACCGCUCCCCCGCCUACGCAGCGGAGCUCUACAACGGCAAGACGGCCGAAGGCUACUCGCACGCCAACGCGCUGUCCUCGCGCACCUUCGGCACCUGGACCUUUCUCUCGGCCGUGAUCCGCUUCUACGCCGCCUACAACAUCAAUAACCCCGCCGUGUACGAUCUGGCCCUGUGGACGUUCGGCAUUGCGCUGGUGCAUUUCGUCGGUGAGCUGGUGCACGGUAGCGCCAGACUGAAGGGUCGGUUUGUUAGCCCGCUGAUUGUUGCGUCGUCUACCUUGACUUGGAUGUUCUUGCAGCGCGAUGGGUACUUGGCUCUGUAG